GAUGUUUUCCCUCCACUUUGUGAGCUGCAUGCAUUUUUGGUUUUAGCGUUGUUCUUAUAGCUAAAUCAUUGGAUUUUAAUAUUUGUUGCAAAUUUUUAUCUUUUUCUGAAUUUUUCAAUUUCUUUAAGAAUUUAAAAAAUGUCUUCAUUUGAAUUCAAUGCAUUUGAAAAUUAUGUCACAAACUCAAAUGAAUGUGUUCGAUUUAAAUUAGUCACCUGUAUCGAUGAUCUAAUUGAUGAUUUCGAAGAAACUAAUGGAUCAAAUGAUAAAAAUGAUGGCGAAUCAAAGAAAUCAACUUCAUCAUGUCAAAUAUCUCCUUUUAAACCGGACAUGUCGUAUCAGUUUUUUGGAGAGAAUGAAAAUAUAUUCGGCUACAAAGAUCUCAUCGUUAAAGUUUAUUAUUCAUGUGCUAAGUUGAACAUUUAUCUGGGCCUCAAAUAUGCUGAUCGUUUAACAAAAGAACAGACAGACGGUGUAGAACCAGAUGAUGUGUUGCGAAUAAUUUCAUCAAAAUACGAGACGAAAGUAUGCUUUAACUUGAAUGAAUUCAGUGCCAACCUUUCGAAAGAAAUAUCAUUCAUACCAUAUGGUGAAUUGAUAGAGGAAUUUGAAAUUGAAUCAAAGCCCAUUGAUGAUCAUCAACAAGCCGAGAAGCGACGUUUUUGUCUAUAUAAAGCUAACAAUUUGGUACCCGGUUUUGUCGCUUAUCAUGAACGAAUGCAGACAUUUUUGAUGUGGUUUAUCGAGGGUGUUUCUUAUAUCGAUAUUGAUGAUAAUCGUUGGGAUUUUUUUAUUCUUUAUGAAAAACUUCCUCGCACAGGCAAAUCGUUAUCAUCAUCAAAACCUUUGUCGGAUGAAUAUCAAUAUUGUUUUGUUGGAUAUUCUACUGUUUAUCAAUAUUAUGCCUAUCCUCAAAAUGUUCGGCCGCGAAUAUCGCAAUUUCUCAUAUUACCACCAUUUCAGAGAAUCGGCCUAGGCAGUAAAUUAUUGGCAGCAAUUUAUAAAAAUUAUAGUGAAAAGUCUAUCGUUGACAUAACAGUGGAAGAUCCAUCCGACGAUUUCCAACGAAUGAGAGAUAUUUUUGACUGUAAAUUAUGUAUGCAAUUAAGCUGGUAUCAAACACUUGCUCCGAAUACCGUUUGGUCAAAUGAAAUGGCAGUCGAAGCUCAAAAUAAAUACAAAUUGAAUCCUAAGCAAACUCGACGAGUUUUCGAAAUACUCAAACUAAAAUUGACAAAUCGAAAUGAUCCUGAUCAAUAUCGCCAAUUUAGAUUGAGCAUCAAACAACGGCUAAAUGCUCCAUAUAAAAAACAGAUCAAUGAUAUUGAACGUUUGCAUCAACGUAAAGCAAUAAAUGAUACCAACUAUGAAUUAUUGAUGAAAACCAACCAGAUACCACGUGAAUACCGAAUCAAAAAUUUGAACAAACAAUAUGAAGAAAUCGAAUCCGAAUAUUUACAAAUCAUAGAAAAACUCUAAUUAUUUUUAUCGUUC